CCCGCGCCCGCCGCCGCCUCCUCGGUGCGGUUCCGCUGGGCGCGAGGAGCGGCCGAGACCGCCGCCUGCGAACAAAGGGAGGCCGCGCGGGCCGGCGAGCAUGGCGGACCGCAGCCUGGAGGGCAUGGCCCUGCCGCUGGAGGUGAGGGCCCGCCUGGCCGAGCUGGAGCUGGAGCUGUCGGAAGGCGACAUCACGCAGAAAGGAUACGAGAAGAAGAGGUCGAAGUUGAUCGGAGCCUACCUUCCCCAGCCUCCCAGGGUGGACCAGGCUUUGCCUCAAGAGCGCCGGGCGCCCGUCACACCUUCCUCGUCCUCUCGCUACCACCGCCGGCGGUCCUCGGGCUCCCGAGAUGAGCGCUACCGGUCAGACGUGCACACGGAGGCCGUGCAGGCGGCGCUCGCCAAGCACAGGGAGAGGAAGGUGGCCGUGCCCAUGCCGUCCAAGCGCCGGUCGCUGGUGGUCCAGACCUCCAUGGAUGCCUACACGCCCCCAGACACGUCCUCGGGCUCGGAAGAUGAUGGCUCGGUGCAGGGUGACUCCCAGGGGACCCCGACCUCCAGCCAGGGCAGCAUCAACAUGGAGCACUGGAUCAGCCAGGCCAUGCACGGCUCCACCACCUCCACCACCUCCUCGUCCUCCACGCAGAGCGGCGGCAGUGGGGCUGCCCACCGGCUGGCGGACGUCCUGGCCCAGACCCACAUCGAAAACCACUCGGCGCCUCCCGACGUGACCACGUACACCUCGGAGCACGCGGUGCAGGUGGAGCGGCCGCAGGGCUCCACGGCCUCCCGGACGGCUCCCAAGUACGGCAACGCCGAGCUCAUGGAGACGGGGGAUGGAGUGCCUGUGAGCAGCCGGGUGUCUGCCAAGAUUCAGCAGCUCGUCAAUACCCUCAAGCGGCCCAAACGGCCCCCGUUACGGGAAUUCUUUGUUGACGACUUUGAGGAAUUGUUAGAAGUCCAACAGCCAGAUCCGAACCAGCCGAAGCCGGAAGGGGCCCAGAUGCUGGCCAUGCGCGGGGAGCAGCUGGGCGUGGUCACAAACUGGCCGCCGUCGCUGGAGGCCGCCCUGCAGCGGUGGGGGACCAUCUCCCCGAAGGCCCCCUGCCUGACCACCAUGGACACCAAUGGGAAGCCCCUGUACAUCCUCACUUACGGCAAACUGUGGACAAGAAGCAUGAAGGUUGCUUACAACAUUCUGCACAAAUUAGGUACAAAGCAAGAACCUAUGGUACGGCCUGGAGACAGGGUGGCCCUGGUGUUCCCGAACAACGACCCCGCGGCCUUCAUGGUCGCCUUCUACGGCUGCCUGCUGGCAGAAGUUGUGCCUGUGCCCAUUGAGGUGCCGCUCACGAGAAAGGACGCCGGGAGCCAGCAGAUCGGGUUCCUGCUGGGAAGCUGCGGAGUCACCGUGGCCUUGACCAGCGACGCCUGCCACAAGGGGCUGCCGAAGAGCCCGACGGGGGAGAUCCCGCAGUUCAAAGGUUGGCCGAAGCUGCUCUGGUUCAUCACGGAGUCCAAGCAUCUCUCCAAACCGCCGCGAGACUGGUUCCCGCACAUCAAAGACGCCAACAACGACACCGCCUACAUCGAGUACAAGACCUGCAAGGACGGGAGCGUGCUGGGCGUGACGGUGACGCGGGUCGCCCUGCUGACGCACUGCCAGGCCCUGACGCAGGCGUGUGGCUACACGGAAGCCGAGACCAUCGUGAACGUGCUGGAUUUCAAGAAGGACGUGGGGCUCUGGCACGGGAUCCUGACGAGCGUGAUGAACAUGAUGCACGUGAUCAGCAUCCCGUACUCGCUGAUGAAGGUGAACCCACUCUCCUGGAUCCAGAAGGUCUGCCAGUACAAAGCCAAAGUGGCUUGUGUGAAAUCCAGGGACAUGCACUGGGCGCUGGUGGCCCACAGAGACCAAAGAGACGUCAACCUGUCCUCUCUGCGGAUGCUGAUCGUGGCGGACGGGGCCAACCCCUGGUCCAUUUCUUCUUGUGACGCAUUUCUCAACGUCUUCCAAAGUAAAGGCCUCCGACAGGAGGUCAUCUGUCCUUGCGCCAGCUCGCCCGAGGCCCUGACUGUGGCCAUCCGCAGGCCCACCGACGACAGCAACCAGCCCCCGGGCCGGGGUGUCCUCUCCAUGCACGGGCUGACCUACGGGGUCAUCCGCGUGGACUCGGAGGAGAAGCUGUCUGUGCUCACGGUGCAGGACGUCGGCCUCGUGAUGCCCGGAGCCAUCAUGUGCUCUGUGAAGCCGGAUGGGGUUCCUCAGCUGUGCCGGACGGACGAGAUCGGGGAGCUGUGUGUGUGUGCGGUGGCCACGGGCACCUCGUACUACGGCCUCUCCGGCAUGACCAAGAACACCUUCGAGGUGUUCCCCAUGACGAGCUCGGGGGCGCCCAUCAGCGAGUUCCCGUUCAUAAGGACAGGCCUGCUGGGCUUCGUCGGCCCCGGGGGGCUCGUCUUCGCGGUGGGCAAGAUGGACGGCCUCAUGGUGGUCAGCGGCCGCCGGCACAACGCGGACGACAUCGUGGCCACGGCGCUGGCGGUGGAGCCCAUGAAGUUCGUCUACCGGGGCAGGAUAGCCGUGUUCUCGGUGACGGUCCUCCACGACGACAGGAUCGUGAUCGUGGCGGAGCAGAGGCCGGACUCCACGGAGGAGGACAGCUUCCAGUGGAUGAGCAGGGUGCUCCAGGCGAUCGACAGCAUCCACCAAGUCGGAGUUUACUGCCUGGCCUUGGUGCCGGCGAACACGCUCCCCAAAACCCCGCUCGGGGGGAUCCAUCUGUCGGAGACGAAGCAGCUUUUCCUGGAGGGCGCCCUGCACCCCUGCAACGUCCUCAUGUGCCCCCACACCUGCGUCACCAACCUGCCCAAGCCGCGGCAGAAGCAGCCAGAAAUCGGCCCCGCCUCUGUGAUGGUGGGGAACCUGGUCUCGGGGAAGAGGGUCGCGCAGGCCAGCGGGCGCGACCUGGGCCAGAUCGAGGACAACGACCAGGCCCGGAAGUUCCUGUUCCUGUCCGAGGUGCUGCAGUGGAGGGCGCAGACCACGCCGGACCACGUGCUCUACACGCUGCUCAACUGCCGGGGCACCAUAGCGAACUCGCUGACCUGCGUGCAGCUGCACAAGCGGGCGGAGAAGAUAGCCGUGAUGCUGGCGGAGCGCGGCCACCUGCAGGAGGGGGACCACGUCGCGCUGGUCUACCCGCCCGGCAUAGACCUGAUCGCCGCGUUCUACGGCUGCCUGUACGCGGGCUGCGUGCCCGUCACCGUCCGCCCCCCGCACCCCCACAACAUCGCGACGACGCUGCCCACCGUCAAGAUGAUCGUGGAGGUGAGUCGCUCCGCCUGUCUGAUGACCACACAGCUGAUCUGCAAAUUGCUGCGUUCCAGGGAGGCGGCGGCCGCCGUGGACGUGAGGACGUGGCCCCUCAUCCUGGACACAGACGACUUGCCAAAGAAGCGGCCGGCCCAGAUCUGCAAGCCCUCCAACCCCGACACCCUGGCGUACCUCGACUUCAGCGUGUCCACGACCGGGAUGCUCGCCGGCGUGAAGAUGUCUCACGCAGCCACCAGUGCCUUUUGCCGUUCCAUUAAGCUGCAGUGUGAACUUUACCCCUCUAGAGAAGUGGCCAUCUGCUUGGACCCGUACUGUGGACUUGGAUUUGUCCUCUGGUGCCUCUGCAGCGUGUACUCGGGGCACCAGUCCAUCCUGAUCCCGCCCUCGGAGCUGGAGACCAACCCUGCCUUGUGGCUUCUCGCUGUGAGUCAGUACAAAGUCCGGGACACGUUCUGCUCCUACUCGGUGAUGGAGCUGUGCACCAAGGGGCUGGGCUCGCAGACCGAGUCGCUCAAGGCACGAGGACUGGACUUGUCCCGCGUGAGGACCUGCGUGGUGGUGGCGGAAGAACGGCCGCGGAUCGCGCUCACCCAGUCGUUCUCGAAGCUGUUCAAAGACCUGGGGCUGCACCCGCGGGCCGUCAGCACCUCGUUCGGCUGCAGAGUGAACCUGGCCAUCUGCUUGCAGGGGACCUCGGGACCUGACCCAACCACUGUCUACGUUGACAUGAGAGCCCUAAGACACGACAGAGUACGUUUGGUAGAACGGGGAUCUCCACACAGCUUGCCCCUGAUGGAGUCGGGAAAAAUACUUCCAGGGGUCCGGAUCAUAAUUGCCAACCCAGAAACGAAAGGCCCGUUGGGAGACUCACACCUGGGAGAGAUCUGGGUUCACAGCGCCCACAACGCCAGUGGCUAUUUUACCAUUUACGGAGACGAGUCCCUGCAGUCGGAUCACUUCAGCUCCAGGUUAAGUUUCGGAGACACUCAGACCAUCUGGGCGCGAACGGGCUAUUUGGGGUUCCUGCGGAGAACGGAGCUCACCGAUGCGAAUGGAGAGCGCCACGAUGCCCUCUACGUGGUGGGGGCGCUGGAUGAAGCCAUGGAGCUGCGCGGCAUGAGGUACCACCCCAUCGACAUCGAGACCUCGGUCAUCAGGGCCCACAAAAGUGUCACUGAGUGCGCCGUGUUCACCUGGACGAACCUGCUGGUCGUGGUGGUGGAGCUCGACGGGUCCGAGCAGGAGGCCCUGGACCUGGUGCCCCUGGUGACCAACGUGGUCCUGGAGGAGCACUACCUGAUCGUGGGCGUGGUGGUCGUCGUGGACAUCGGCGUCAUCCCCAUCAACUCGCGCGGCGAGAAGCAGCGCAUGCACCUGCGCGACGGCUUCCUGGCCGACCAGCUGGACCCCAUCUACGUGGCCUACAACAUGUAGCCGGCCGGGCGUGUGCGGACGCGCGUCCCCGGUGCCCGCGAGACCUGCAGGCGGGCGACCGUCGCCGCGGCGGAGCCCCGCGCGGGCCAGGGGCGGGGAGGACCCCUCACGGCAGCCACCGUCGCCAUGGAGACGAAAUGUGAAUUUACCGCUGAAUUUUGCUCAGAAGGACUUCGGAUUACUGCCUUCAGUUGGUUGGGAAAGCCCAUUUCAAAAACUUUCGUUUCCUUUUCUUUUUUUUUUUUUAAUUAUUGGAUAAUAAGUGCUUUCUUCGUAAAUGUGGUAUUUUGUUAAGCCGAAAUAGCAAUUAAAAAAAAAAUCCUGCCCUCCAGAUGGGUUCUUUUAAACGAUUUAUGUAGUGUGACAAAGAAUUGUUUUCUGUUUUAAUGUGUCAUGAAAUCCUAAUGACAUGGAUCUGUUACUAAUUUAAGCCAUUGCUAGAGCUCAUCCUUUUAGGAAAGUUUAUUGAGGUACGAGAAAACCUUCCAAAAUAGCACCUUGCAAUUAGAUGUUAGCAGCUUUCUUUGUCAGAAAUGUGCUGAAGAAACAAAGGCUGACAUAUGGCCUUUGGAAGUUAGCAUAGAGUGAGAAGAAAUUAUAAAUAAGGUGUAUUUCGGCAAUUAUCUUGCAAAUACCUUUGUACUAAACUAAAAAGAUAAAAUAAGUUAACUUCCUCAAUAUGUAAUUAUGUACAAAACGUUUAAUUUAUUUUGAUCUCUUUAGAAGUAUAAAAGAGAAAAACAUUCAAGAAUAUUAAAGUCUUGUAAUGUUUGCUAAUAUAAAAAAGUGUUGUAUUAUCUUGCGUGGAUAGUAUCACAACAAAUAUAUAUAUGAGAUAUAAAUUCACUAAUGAAAAAGGAGACUUUAAAGUUUAAAACGCAGAGCUUGUCACGUGCAUGGUGUGCCCUCCCCGAUCUCUCUCACUCUGCUGUCGCCAGCAGUCGCCGGCAACUUCCGGAAGCUCCUCCAGGACCAGACAGCCGGUGCCGCUGCGUCCGAGCUGAAUGUGCACUAUUUCCGCCCUGCGUGGGGACGGCGGUGACUGCUCGUGCCAGCACGUGCCGGCCACACUCGCAGGGCUUAGGUGGGCAGAUGGCUCUGUUUCCUUAGCUGCAAGCAUUCGUUGCACAGUGUUUUCAUCAUUUUCGUUAGUGUCACCUUGUUUGGUCCUGGGUGUGGAGAGGAGGACGUUCUGUGGUUGUUUGCACGGUUGUGUGGGUCCCCUCGGAUGGCCGGUGUGCAGGGGGCAGUGUCCAGAACUCACAGAGGUGACUGUCCCCUCAUCUUAAGACCCAGCCGACUCUGCGUGAGCCCCUGGUCUCUGGGGUUCCCUCGUGGGGAGCACGACCCCCAGGGAACCAUCACAGCCCCGGCUGGAGCGAGGGGUCCUCCCAGCUGCGUCACUUGCCCCUGAGGGAGGAGUACGGCUCCGGGCUCUGUCUCUGUGGCGGUCACGCCUUUCGGGGCUGCUCUCUGCACUUCUGGAUGAAUUGGCCUGUCCGCAGCCAACCAAGGGGGGGAGGUACCUGCAGUCCAAGAGGUUUAUUUCAUAGUUUCCCCGACAGGACCCUGCGGCAGCUCCCGGCACUAGUACGUGUGGCUGAGAUGUUGCCGGGCACAGUCUGGAUUUUUUCUUCGUUGCAUUUCGGGCAGCGUCUUUGUCUGGCUUUGCUGAGUGCAGCCAGCAGGAAGCCCUUUGCUAAAAGAGUUUUGUUUGACUUCUGAGAUCCAAGGCUGAUUGUUUAAAAAAAAAAAAAAAAAAAAAGUGGCACAUUUUCUUACAUUUGUCUGCAUACAUGGUGCACCUUCCGUCUCCACAGAUCGUUCGAUUCUUAAGAUAGUUUGGCUUCAUUGCUGUGUAUUUCUCUCCAUGCGUCAGAUACACAUUCCCGGUCUUCUGCUUCCUACGGGGGAAACCACCACACAGAGAAAGACGUUUUCUUACACAGACCACCUGGUUUCAGGGGGAGGUAGGCGUAAGGUUUCAGGCAAGAUAAUGAUUAUUGGACGUGAUUGCAGUGUGCAGGGAAAGUUUGGCGGUCCAGCUUAAGUCAGGACGCAAACAACGUAGAUGUCACUUCAGACACGGUUUAAACCUUCACCAGAUCCACUUUCCAUUCAGGGGGUGACGCUGCAGGGCGGCUGUGAAAGCAGCAAUAGUCUCUUCUGCAUCCUGUCAUCGCCGACGUUAGAGUUUAGGUUCAAAAAAUUUGGUGGGCUGGGAUCGAAGUUCAGAUGUGCAAGAAAAAGGAGAGAGGAGACACUUAACGUACCACCAGUUUCAGCAAUAAAGAAGGAUCGUUCUGUAUUAGAAAUUGUACUGUAGAUAAAUCAUUCACGAGAAUGUAAAAAAUGUUUGUCUUGUGACCUUGUGCUUUUGAAGUCAGACAAAACCGUGUAAUCAACUUGCACAAAAAGAGGGUACACAACGAACACAUAGACACAGACCUAACCAAACAGGAGCAGAUUCCUCAUGGUGCUUGUUUAUUAUAUAUAUUUAAUCCUGCUUGACACUUUACCCAAGGGAAACGGUCCCUUUUAUCAGUUGAAUGUUAGCAGCGUUAUUUCAGAGUGUGGUGACUGGUUAGAGAAAUUCAUGUACUCGACCAAUCACGGUUUCAAACAAAAUUUUUAUGUGCAAAGGACAGCAACCUUCUUGUAUGUUAAACCACCAGUAUGCUUUGUACAUCUGUGAUAACGCCUGUUUUAUAUUCAAAUGAACAAAUAAAAGCUUUUAUUUUUGUUGCUCUGAAAA